AUGGAGUCAAACAGAGCUCCCCUGCAACCCCCUUGGAUUCUGCGCAAGGAUAAGGAGGAGGUUGUGACAUUCAAGGAUGUGGCUGUGGACUUCACCCAGGAGGAGUGGCGGCUCUUAACCCUCUCAGAAGCAGCUGUUCAAGGAGGUCAUGGUGGAGAAUGCCCAGAACCUGUUGUCCUUGGAGAAGAGGUGAUCUCUGUUUUGAGCAAAGGGAACCCCGUGAUGCUGACCAAGAAAUUGAGCAUGCUCUCCAGGAGAGAUCAGAAUGAAAUGAAAGAAACUCCUGCAGAGUCACGCCAUUCUAUGAUAGACACUCCCAAGCAGUGGUUCAUGGGUGAUGGAUCCUGUGACUUUACUUGGACAAAAAGCUGUGCAACACAUGAGAGAAUCCAGCUUAGAGAGAGACAUUGUGAAUGUACCGAAUGUGGAAAAGGUUGUAUAAAAGAGGAAAAUCUUAUUGUACAAUUGAGAAUCCACUCAGGCGUGAAACCUUAUGAAUUUAACCAAUGUGGAAAGGGUUUUAAUAGAAAGGGAAAACUUAUUGUACAUCAGAGAAUCCACACUGAAGAAAAGCAUUAUGAAUGUAACCAGUGUGGAAAGGCUUUUAGAAAGAAGACAUAUCUCACUGUACAUCAGAGAACCCACAAUGGAGAGAAACCUUACAACUGUAACCACUGUGGAAAGGCUUUUAGACGCAAGGGAAGACUUCACGGACAUCAGAGAAUCCACACUGGAGAGAAGCCUUAUGAAUGUAACCAAUGUGGAAAGGCUUUUAGAGAAAAGGGAGCUCUUAUUACACAUCAGAGAAUCCAUACUGGAGAGAAACCUUAUGAAUGUAACCAGUGUGGAAAGGCUUUUAGACAAAAGGGAUCUCUUACUGCACAUCAGAGAAUCCAUUUUGGAGAGAGACCUUAUGAAUGUAACCAGUGUGGAAAGGCUUUUACACAAAAGGGAUCUCUUACUACACAUCAGAGAAUCCAUUUUGGAGAGAGACCUUAUGAAUGUAACCAGUGUGGAAAGGCUUUUAGACAAAAGGGAGCUCUUACAGCACAUCAGAGAAUCCACACUGGAGAGAAACCUUAUGACUGUAACUACUGCGGAAAGGCUUUUAGAAGCAAGGGAAAACUUAUAUUACAUCAGAGAAUCCACACUGGAGAGAAACCUUAUGAAUGUAACCAGUGUGGAAAGGCUUUCAGACAGAAAUCUAGUCUUACUGGCCAUCAGAGAAUACAUAUUGGAGAGAAACCUUAUGAAUGUUACCAGUGUGGAAAAGCUUUUAGAAAUAAGAAUGUUCUCACUGUACAUCAGAGAAUUCACACUGGAGAGAAACCUUAUGAAUGGAACCAAUGUGGAAAAGCUUUUAGAGACAAGAAUGUUCUCAUUGUACAUCAGAGAACCCACAAUGGAGAGAAACCUUAUAACUGUAACCACUGUGGAAAGGCUUUUAGACACAAGGGAAGACUUCACGUACAUCAGAAAAUCCACACUGGAGAGAAGCCUUAUGAAUGUAACCAAUGUGAAAAGGCUUUUAGACAAAAGGGAAUUCUUACUACACAUCAGAGAAUACAUAUUGGAGAGAAACCUUAUGAAUGUUACCAGUGUGGAAAAGCUUUUAGAAAUUUUUUA